ACACACACAUACAAACUCUGUCGUCUGCUGCUGCAGUUUGUGCUAAAUCGCAGCUCUGUGCAGGCUCGACUGUGCAGCAGGUCACAGGUCACAGGUCGUCCACUCAGAUCUGUGUGUGGGCAACUCUCGGACCAUCCACCAGUUGCCGAUCAGAAACUGGCCCCUGAUAUGGGCCUCCAGUAAGGUCUGAUCCUGAACACUGUUUACAAAAAUCAACAUGGCAGACAGCACGAUUCCAGAGACGUCGAAAUGUCAGUUGGAGUUCCUGGGCAAGACAGGGUUUAAGGUCUCCAACAUGUGUCUGGGCACCCUGACCUUUGGGAAAUCAAAAACCUUAUCAGUUUUAACUGACAACAUAGACGAGGAGUCUGCACACAAAAUAUUGGAUCGGUUUGUAGAAUGGGGAGGUAACUUCAUAGACACGGCGGAUGUGUACGGUCCCAAGGAAUCAGAGAGGAUUGUGGGCAGCUGGCUAACUAAGCAAGAGCGAGACAGGUUCGUCAUCGCCACUAAAGUUCGCUUGCACACGGACCCCACCGACCCCAACAAGGUGGGGCUGAGCCGGCGACACAUCACACGUGCCGUGGAGGAGAGUUUGAGUCGUCUGCAAACAGACUUCAUCGACCUUUACCAGACCCACAUCUGGGAUGUCGCCGUGCCCCUGGAAGACACGUUACGGACUCUGAAUGACCUAGUGAGGUGUGGCAAGGUACGAAACCUGGGGGCCAGCAACCUGUCAGGGUGGCAAAUGGAGAGGUGGAUUCAGGUGCAAGAAAAGUUGGGACUGGAACGUGUCGUCACCCUCCAACAAAAUUACAAUCUGAAAGAGCGGAAUUCCGAAUAUGAGGCCUUCCAGGUUUGCAAAGAGCACGGCCUGGCGGUGUUGCCAUGGAGUCCACUGGCCGGGGGAAUCUUGACGGGGGAGGUGACCCGAGAUAAGCCUCCUGAGUCGGGGCGCCUGGGCGAGUUGGUAAAGCAAAAGACUACUCUUGAUGGGUCGCCCAACUGGAAUAUGCUGCGAGCAGAUGACCGCAUCUGGAACAUUUUGGACGCCACCAAACGCAUCGGUGCCCAGCAUGGUAAGACCCAGACCCAGGUGGCGCUCCGCUGGCUGCUGCAGAGAGACAUAGUCGCCUCGGUCAUCACUGGUGUCCUCAACACACAGCAGCUGGAUGAAAAUAUGGGCGCUGCCAACGGCUGGACACUGACACCUGAAGAGAUGAUCGAGUUGGACAAGGUGUCGCAGGCUGAGAAGCCCUACCCGUACAGCAUGGCUGACGUUCACAUGAAGGGUCGCCUCAACCCCUUUCAUCCUGUGUGUAUCUUCUAAACAAGUGUCAGAGAUAUACUGUUAUUAUCGUGUGUGUGUGUGUGUUGUUCUACUUAGACCCUGUCAAUAUGGUUAUCAGAAUGGUUAAACAAUAUUGCCCACUUACAGGGCAUUUCAAGUCUUUUUGCUUUUUUAUAAAAUUAUUUUGAUGAUGCAUGCAAUUGUGAUAAUUGUUAGAGUGGUAUUUAACUGAAUUACUAUCUGACAAUUUAAUGAGAAGUAAUUACUAUCUAGAAAUUUAAAGAAGAUUGUUUUAGCGUUAGAACCUCAACGAGGACAUCAACGGGAUGAGUAGGAAGUCAUUAUAAAGUCAUUGCCUCUGACCCUUGACCCGACUAUCUCAGGAAAGAGCAUUCCAUAAACCGUGAAUCCAUGAUUGGCCAGGCUGCGAACACAGUUUUAAGUGAGCCACCAUCAGAAUAUAGGUGAAUAGUAGGACUGUCGACUGAACAGUAGGAUUGUUGACUACUUAGCGGGGUUGUUGACAUUUCAGUAAGUCAAGAGACGGUCUCCGACACCCUCGUGAGUGUGAUGACAGUCCAUUGUCAGCAGCACUAUAUACACUGAGCGUGAGAAUGCAUUGAAAACAACCUUACUCAUGUUGAUCACUUAAAUACAAUUCUGGUAUCAAUUGCUA